UUGAAAUUCUUUUGAAGUAUAACAGAGCAGUCGUUGAGAAUUUCUUACAAAAUAUGCCUCUAUUUUAAAUGCACAGUUAGAGAGACUGUGGACAUAAGAAGUUUUGGUUCACUUUUUAUCAAAAUCAAACCAAAUUAACUAUAUCGGUUUUUUCAACCAAUUUAUAUAUUAUAAAUUUAUAUAUUUACAUUUUAUUGAUAUCUAAUGAUUUAGUCUAAAAAUGAUUUAACUUAUUGUGAUAAAAUAACAUUAAAAGACACACCUGAAAUAAGAAUUUUUUUAGUAAUUAUUUGCAAGACAUGAGAAAUGGAGUUGAUAUCUUGUCAAUGUUUUGCAGGUUUCUUGUCCCAACCUGGAAAAGCUAUCUAUCGAAAUGGCUAACAGCGUAAGUUCUCUAUUCUCUCACCAACUUCCAACUACCUACUUCAGCAAACUUGAGACAUUGGGAGUAGAAAAUUGUGGAAAAUUGAGACACUUGAUGUCUCCAUCAGUGGCCAGAGGUCUUCUGAAUCUCCGAAAACUAUGGAUAGGAGAAUGCCAAUCAAUGGAAGAAGUGAUCACAGAAGAGGAACAAGAAGGAGAAGAAAACAUGACUAAUGAGCCCUUAUUUCCCUGGUUGGAAGAGCUGAUACUCGAUAAGCUACCAAAGCUGGGGCAUUUCUUUCUGACGAAGCGUGCUCUUGAAUUUCCAUUCCUCAGAGGAGUGAAGAUUCGUAAAUGCCCUGAAAUGAAGAUAUUUGUCCAACAGGGAUCUGUGAGUACACCAAGACUCAAAAUUGUGAACAAUGAUGAUGAGGUAAAAGUAGAUGAUCUGAACGAAUGGAUACAUCAGAGGUUCAAUUCUAAGGAAGAAGAUGGAAGUGAAUCUGAAUCUUCUCAGGAAGAAGAUGGAAGCAAUCUGAAGAUUUUCAUGAUGACGAAGGCAAAAGUAAGGUUUCUCAGGAAGAAGAUAAAAGCGAAUCUGAAGAUUCAAUGAGUGACGGUAGAAGCUAAAGUGUUGUCUGUGAAUGUAAUAAUUAAGUACUCGACGAUAAGUCCAAAGUUCAUCCUAAUUAGCUCAAACAUCGCCUUAUACCU